UGACAAACAGAUUGGUCACAAUUUCUGUGAACUUGGGUAACUUCUCUCCCAUAUAAGGUCCUUGUUGACAAAUUAAUGUGUCGUGGAACAUAUAUAAGUAAUGGACCACCAAACAUUGGAUAGAAAACUACGUCUUGCAAGUAAUUUUCAAGCAACUUAAUUUUUUAAACUGUGAAAAUGGUUGAUGACGACGUCGCAGCUUUGGUUAUUGACAAUGGAUCUGGAAUGUGUAAAGCUGGAUUCGCCGGGGACGAUGCUCCCAGGGCCGUGUUUCCCUCCGUUAUUGGGCGCCCAAGAUAUCAGGGUGUGAUGGUUGGCAUGGGAAAUAAGGACACAUAUGUAGGAGACGAAGCCCAAAGCAAGAGAGGUAUGCUCACCCUCAAGUAUCCCAUCGAACACGGCAUCGUCACAAACUGGGACGACAUGGAGAAGAUCUGGCAUCACACCUUCUACAAUGAACUCCGUGUGGCCCCCGAGGAACAUCCCGUUCUUCUGACCGAGGCCCCACUGAAUCCCAAGGCUAACAGAGAAAAGAUGACACAGAUCUUAUUUGAAACCUUCAACUCCCCAGCCAUGUAUGUUUCUAUCCAGGCCGUGCUUUCGCUGUACGGCGCUGGCCGUACCACUGGAAUUGUCCUCGAUUCUGGAGAUGGCGUAUCUCACGUAGUACCCAUCUAUGAAGGAUACGCCCUUCCCCACGCCAUCGCACGAUUGGAUCUCGCUGGGCGUGACUUGACUGAUUACCUCAUGAAAAUUCUCACAGAACGUGGUUACUCUUUCACAAGCACAGCCGAAAGAGAAAUUGUCAGAGACAUGAAAGAGAAAUUGUGCUAUGUUGCUCUGGACUUCGAACAGGAAAUGACAACGUCAGCUUCUUCAUCAUCCAUAGAAAAGAGUUAUGAACUUCCUGAUGGAGCGGUCGUCACCAUUGGCAACGAGCGAUUCAGAUGCCCAGAGGCUUUGUUUCAGCCGGCCUUUCUGGGAUUGGAACCUUCUGGUAUUCAUGAAACGACAUACAACAGCAUCAUGAAGUGUGACGUUGAUAUCCGAAAAGACUUGUACUCAAACUUGGUAUUGUCUGGAGGUUCAACAAUGUACCCCGGAAUCGCUGACCGUAUGCAGAAAGAGAUUACAGCGCUAGCUCCGAGCUCAGUGAAGGUACGAGUCAUUGCUCCACCAGAGAGGAAAUACUCCGUCUGGAUCGGGGGUUCUAUCCUUGCCUCCCUCUCCACCUUCCAACAGAUGUGGAUCAGCAAACAGGAAUACGACGAAUCUGGUCCGUCCAUUGUCCACAGGAAAUGCUUCUGAGGAUAAAAGAAUUUGUUUUAUUAUGUAUAACAUUACCUUUUGUGUCCUUUUGUCAUCUCUGAGAUCAAGAAUCGACUUAAAAUGAGGACUCAUUUGAUUCAUUUCAGGAAUUUUAACAUUAGCAGCUUGCAAGGGGAUAUAUUUUUUUGUUUGA